CUAAUCGAUCUUCUUUCUCAACAAGCGAGGGCACGCUGGCAAGCGCGUGUUAACGGGUGCGGUCUUAGCAGAAACCAGCGCAGCCACGAGAAAAACAAUCGGAGCAGCAUGACAUUCCGGUUUGAGUUAGAGGAAGAGAACAUACCUCGUUCCUCGCAUUCGAGUUCGCGGAGCCUCAAACAAGUCAUUGCUUUCGCUCCCAAUGACAAAGACAAUCCCCACAACUGGUCCAACCGAAAGAAAUCCUUCGUCGUGUUCAAUGGAGUGACUUUGGCGCAGCUGGUCUUGCCGACCUCCUCUUACUUGGUCGGAUACGUCGUCGGCCCGCUACUUUUUGGGCCACUAAGCACUAUUCACUGCCUUCACUCUAGGCUGUGCUCUAGCAAACAACUUUGCAACUUUGUGUGUAAUGAGGUUGUUCGUGGGUAUUGGCGCCUCCAGUCCUAUCUCCGUGGUGGGUGGGGUCGAGCUCUGACUAUCUUCAUGACUCAGAGCAUUGAGGAGCUAACUCCAGCCGCAGGCUACCACAUUGGCCCAAUCAUUGGGCCGAUCAUAUCUGGCUUCAUCGCUGUCGUUUCAUGGCGCUGGAUAUUUUGGCUCUCGUUGAUCAUAGCUGGAGUGACUUGGCCGAUCCUGCUUCUCAGCCCAGAGACUUAUGCACCAGUCAUCCUUGCCACACGUGCACGGCGUCUCCGCAAGGAAAACAGCAACCCCAACAUCUUUGCACCGCUCGAGCUCGAGCAUCAUGACAUGAAGCAGAUGAUCACCGUUGUUCUGACCAGACCGGUGAGAAUGUUCUUCACCGAAGCUAUCGUACUAUGCAGUUGUCUUUACCUAUCCUUUGUGUACGCAAUCUUUUACAUGUACUUCCAGGCUUACCCGACUAUCUUCAGCGGGAUUUACCACUUCAAUUCUGGCGAAGUUGGGUUGACCUUUCUGCCAAUCGGAGUCGGAGCCAUUUUUGCAUGUGGUCUAUACCUCUAUUGGGAUCGCAUUUUGGAGAGAGCAAAGGCACGAGAUCCGCCUGCUGCAUGGUCACAAAGUGAGGAGUAUCGGCGUCUGCCUCUAGCGUGCCUUGGAGGACCAUUGCUCAUACUCAGUUGUUUCUGGCUUGGAUGGACAGCUCGAGAGGACAUUCAUUGGGCGGUGCCCGUUUUGUCGGCUUUACCUUUUGGAAUGGGUUUCCUGCUGUUGUUCAUGUCUUUGGUCAACUAUCUUGUUGAUGCGUAUGAAGUGUUUGCAGCGAGCGCCAUGGCAGCAUCGGCUUGUUCAAGGAGCUUGUUUGGCACAGUCCUGCCGUUCGCGGCGCGGCCGAUGUAUGAACGGCUCGGUGUUGCGUGGGCUUGUUCAUUGCUGGGCUUCCUGAGUUUAGCCAUGUGCGUUAUUCCCUUCGCCUUCAUCCGGUUCGGCGACAGCAUUCGGGAGAAGAGCAGCUUCUGCCAAUCCCUGAAACAACUCAAGAUGCAAGAGGACGAAGAGCGGGAAGUGCAGGAGCGACGAAUGCAGCAAAGUGGGGUUGGCAAGGCCACAGCUGUGGAGAAGCUGGUUUGA